AUGGCGGAAGUGAGUUCCGGAGAUGGUGCAGUCCGGUGGUCCUUACCGGAGCGAGGGCGAUUGAAAGUGAACGUCGACGCCGCAGUCUUCUCUGGCAAACAGGAGAUUGGGGUGGGAAUUGUGGUCCGCGACUGCUCAGGUAAGAUCAUUCAAGCCAGACAUAUCAAUUUACUUGGCUCGUUCUCUCCUCGCCACGCUGAGAUUAUUGGAAUCAGAGAGGCUUUGAGCUGGCUGAAGGGGUCGGACCAUCUUGUUAUUGAGUCUGACGCCAUGGAGGUUAUUCUGGAGCUUCGAAAUCGUGACUUAGCUGAACCAGACUUGCUGGCCGCGCAUAUUCUAGCGCAAAAGGCUCGGUACUUGUCAGGUCAUCAGGAGUGGUUUAACAACUUCUCUGAAUUUCUCACAUCUGUAACUGUCUCUGAUUUGAUUUAA